CACCCCGGAGCUCCACUGCGUAUGAGGUCUGGUGCUACUGCUGCUCGGAGUGAAAGUCAGAGCCAGAGGAAGGCAAUGGAGCCCCCCCAGACACACUUACCUUUCCUGCCCCCCACUUUUGAGUGCCUUUCCUGGAGCUGUGGAGGAUGACACAAAGGGAUUUGAGUUGGUCGAAAUGAGCAAUCGUAAAACAAAGAACAACAGUAUAAUACAUGCAGAGUGUCUAUCAGAGGUACAAAGAAUUUUACGUGAAAGAUUUUGUCAUCAGAAUCCACAUAGUAACCUAUUUGGAGUGAAUCUACAAUACAAGUAUUUAAUUGACCUCCUCAAAAGAACUGUUAUCAAUGGAGAAAGUAACUCUGUACUCAUUGUUGGGCCACGAGGAUCAGGAAAGACCAUGUUAAUAAAUCAUGCUUUGAAAGAACUCAUGAAAAUAAGAGAAGUGAGUGAAAAUGUGUUACAAGUUCACCUAAAUGGACUGCUGCAGAUAAAUGACAAAAUUGCUUUGAAAGAGAUCACAAGGCAAUUAAAUCUAGAAAAUGUAGUUGGAGAUAAAGUUUUUGGAAGCUUUGCUGAAAACCUUUCAUUUCUUCUGGAAGCCUUAAAAAAAGGUGACCGGGCUAGCAGUUGCCCAGUGAUCUUCAUACUGGAUGAAUUUGAUCUUUUUGCUCAUCAGAAAAACCAGACACUCCUUUAUAAUCUUUUUGACAUUUCUCAAUCUGCACAGACGCCAGUAGCGGUUAUUGGUCUUACAUGUAGAUUGGAUAUUUUGGAACUCUUAGAAAAAAGAGUGAAGUCACGGUUUUCUCACCGGCAGAUACAUUUAAUGAAUUCAUUUGGUUUUCCACAAUAUAUGAAAAUAUUUAAAGAACAAUUAUCUCUACCUGAAGAAUUCCCAGAUAAAGCUUUUGCUGAGAGGUGGAAUGAGAAUACUCAAUGUCUCUCAGAAGACUCAACUGUUUGUGAAGUUCUACAGAAACAUUUCAAUGUCAACAAAAACUUACGGUCAUUACAUAUGCUAUUGAUGCUUGCUUUAAAUCGAGUAACAGUAUCACAUCCAUUUAUGACUUCAGCAGAUCUGAUGGAGGCACAGCAUUUGUGUAGCUUGGAUUCUAAAGCAAGCAUUGUACAUGGUCUAUCGGUCUUGGAAAUCUGUCUUAUAAUAGCAAUGAAACAUUUAAAUGACAUCUAUGAAGAAGAGCCCUUUAAUUUUCAAAUGGUCUAUAAUGAGUUUCAGAAAUUUAUUCAAAGAAAGGCUCAUUCUGUUUAUAACUUUGAGAAACCUGUGGUCAUGAAGGCAUUUGAGCAUUUACAACAGUUGGAAUUAAUAAAACCCAUGGAAAGAACUUCAGUGAAUUCACAGAGAGAAUACCAGCUAGUGAAACUACUUUUGGAUAAUACUCAAAUUAUGAAUGCUCUACAGAAGUACUCCAACUGCCCUACAGAUGUCAGACAGUGGGCAACAUCCUCACUCAGCUGGCUUUGAACAUUUUAAGUACAUUUCUGUAAAGAACUAAAAGCUACUGCCCUUUAACAAGAUAUGUUAUUACAUUCCUUGUUUAUAAA